CCAACAUACCCAGUUUUGUCACGCAUGAAACCCCGCCACCCAAAAUAGCCGAGCUCCUUGACCAGCACGUAAAGGAAUUGGUCGAAAUAAGCAAAACUAAACAAGUAAAGUCUCUGACCGACAAAUCCAAUUUGAACUCUGCUAACGUCAGCCCGGUCAGCCUUACGUCUAGCAGAUUUAAAAACGUGCCGGGAAGGUCAAACAAGAGAAUUCGCAAUAACAGCGACAAGAAAGCUGGGCAGAACCCGAGAAAUGCAAUGGCUUUGAAAAAACGAAACAUUCUUUUUUCUCCGAAAAGGUCUUCGGUUUACACGCUUGUGGACAACUUUUCUGGGCUCACGCCUGAGCUCAACCCGGAGAUAUCCAAGUGCAUGACUAAUUUUUCCAAUCAAACUAUCCAGCACGCCGCCAUUGAGACCGCCAACAGCUCACCAGUUAUGCUGAGCGAGCAAAUUGGAUACCGCGCUUUGGCACCCACCCCAACUACUGCCAUUUCUACUGCUUCCACCUCUACCUUUACCUCUGCCUCUGCCUCUGCCUCUGCCUCUGCUUUAGUUACUGCUUCUGCCUUCAAGUUGAAAAGGGAAGAGUCUCCGUUUAUGCGUGCGCAAUACACCCUUCCUGUUAAAAACUUUAAGAAACUGGAAAACCACAAAAUCGCCAUGUCCAAGUCUGACACUUUGCACGAGCAGUACUACAACGAGGACCAACCCUUGCCAAUGUCCCAUCCUCGCUUUAUAAAUCCGGAGGUUGGUUACAUAAACAGCUCCAACAUGCACCCGUAUUUACAGCAAAUGCAGCAAAUGCAACAGAUACAACAGCCCCCGACGGGCCAUGGUUCUCUCAUGUCAACUCAAGUGUUUCUGCCGCUCUCAGGAAUGUCAGGUUUAAGCCCAGAUAAUUAUUCUAACCACAAUCAAGUUUAUCAAGGUAGAUAUGAGGACCCGAAAUACUGAUUCCAA